UAUUGAAUCGUCCGGAUCAUUCAAGAGAACGCACUGAACUGCAAGAGUCCGACCCUGUUAAAAUCCUGGAGAGAAAAAUAAGUUAUCGACGGAGAAAGGGGCCUUCAACGAAAGUUCAACAGUUUCGUCGACGAUUCUAUUCGACUCUCGCGGAUUCCGAGCGACACGAUCGCAUCUCUCUCUGCAUCUUUGGCGCUUUUUGCGCAAUCUUUUGAUUAUCUGAGAUAACAGAAGGAGGUUAUUUGAAAUAAGAAAAGAUGGUUCUCGCUCAGUUAGGAGGGAGCAUCUCGCGUGCUCUACAGCAGAUGAGCAAUGCUACCAUUAUAGAUGAGAAAGUUCUCAAUGAGUGCCUUAACGAAAUAUCCAGAGCGCUGCUUCAGUCUGAUGUGCAAUUUAAAAUGGUUCGAGAUAUGCAGGUUAACAUUAAGAAGAUUGUUAACCUUGAAGAUCUUGCUGCUGGCCAUAACAAGCGUCGCAUAAUUCAACAUGCUGUAUUCACUGAGCUGUGCAAAAUGUUGGAUCCUGGUAAACCUUCAUUCACUCCGAAGAAAGGGAAAGCAAGUGUCGUCAUGUUUGUUGGUUUACAAGGUUCUGGAAAAACCACGACUUGCACAAAAUAUGCAUAUUAUCACCAAAAGAAGGGGUGGAAACCAGCUCUUGUAUGUGCCGAUACAUUCAGGGCUGGUGCUUUUGACCAGCUCAAGCAAAAUGCCACGAAAGCUAAGAUUCCAUUUUAUGGAAGUUAUAUGGAAUCAGAUCCCGUGAAAAUUGCUGUCGAAGGUGUAGAAAGGUUUAAAAAAGAAAACUGUGAUCUUAUCAUUGUUGAUACUAGUGGCCGUCAUAAGCAAGAAGCAGCAUUGUUUGAAGAAAUGCGUCAAGUUUCUGAAGCAACAAAACCAGAUUUGGUAAUAUUUGUGAUGGAUAGCAGUAUUGGGCAAGCUGCAUUUGAUCAAGCUCAAGCUUUCAAACAAAGUGUCGCUGUUGGGGCUGUAAUUGUCACAAAGAUGGAUGGACAUGCAAAAGGAGGUGGUGCUCUCAGCGCUGUUGCAGCCACAAAGAGUCCAGUGAUAUUUAUUGGAACUGGAGAGCACAUGGAUGAGUUUGAAGUUUUUGAUGUUAAACCAUUUGUCAGCAGGCUUUUAGGAAUGGGUGAUUGGUCUGGUUUCAUGGAUAAGAUUCAUGAAGUUGUGCCAAUGGAUCAGCAGCCUGAACUUCUGCAAAAGCUUACAGAAGGAAACUUUACUCUUCGAAUCAUGUAUGAACAGUUCCAGAACAUACUCAAAAUGGGACCAAUCGGCCAGGUUUUCUCCAUGAUACCUGGAUUUAGUGCAGAGUUAAUGCCAAAGGGGCGUGAAAAAGAAAGCCAAGCAAGAAUUAAGCGGUUUAUGACCAUGAUGGAUUCGAUGACUAAUGAAGAGUUAGAUAGUACAAAUCCAAAGCUCAUGAACGAGUCACGGAUGUUGCGCAUAGCUCGAGGUUCUGGUCGUAAUAUCAGGGAAGUGAUGGACAUGCUAGAAGAGUACAAGCGCCUUGCCAAAAUAUGGAGUAAGAUGAAAGGUCUGAAGAUUCCCAAGAAAGGUGAAAUGAGUGCCUUGUCUAGAAACAUGAACGCACAGCAAAUGAGCAAAGUUCUUCCACCACAAAUGCUGAAGCAAAUUGGAGGCAUGGGUGGCCUUCAAAGCCUGAUGAAGCAAAUGGGUUCAAAGGAUCUCGGUGGGAUGUUCGGUGGAGACAGAUAGGAAAUGCUGUAUUUCUUUGGCAUAUUCUAGCCACAUGUACCUUCACUGUCUUGGAUGAGGUCUCAUAACAUCAUGCACUUGGAUCAAGUGGAGGUCGGAUAAUUGGGUCGUGGCUCCAUUAUUGGGCAUCUAUCAUUGAAACCGUGCGGUUAAUAGAUCGAUGAGUGGAUUGAUGAAGGUAGGGCACCAGUUCUGAAGAUGCCUCAUAGGGAGGAUCACGCUAAUCGUCAGAUUUCUUCCUGAGUUCUGCCCUUGUUUCGCUCACAAAGUCUAACAUUUUUUGUGUAGAAUUUUUUGCCCUCCUAGUUGCUAGAGGUCAAUCUCGGGCUUUUUAUUGUAGAUGUUUUUACAUGCAAGAUUCUACCAAUUGUUUGUGCCUUUAGAGCUUGGUAUUUGAUUAUUGGUGUGAAGCCAACAAAGUAGCAGAUACAAUUUCAAGGAAAACUCGAUUUAAAGUA